CCUCAAGCCGGAGCUCCUCCCUCUGAAUGGCUCUUCAGAGUUCAGCUCCUGACGGCGACGGCAAGGCCGACCGCUUCACGGUCUUCAUAGACACCAGCCUCGACACUCACCUCGCUAUGAUUGCUUACGACGCCGACACUGUUUCUGAUCUCAAAAAGAGAAUUAUGUUAGAACACCCAUUGUGCUUUCCAAAGAUUGGACAGAUAAAGAUCCAUGCCAUAAAGGUAAAGCGCAGGGGCUACUUUUAUCACCUAGCAGAUUCCAUGUUGGUGAGAAGUGCAUUUAGUGGGUUCAAAAAGACCUGGUUUCUUAGCAUGGAUGCAUCUGCAGUAACGGAGAAUGAAAAAACCCAGAUUUCAAUUUCUCCUGAUUCUAGUAACCAGAUAGCUUGUCAUGGCAUUGCAACUAAUGCUUCGAUUGGUGCUAUUGAUAUUCCUCCCAGUCAUCCUUCUAAAAGGGCGUCUGACUUCAAUUGUUUCAAAUUGCCACAAUUAGAGAAUGGACAUGGUGAAAAGGAGGUUUCUUGUGUUAGCCCACGUGUUUCAGAACAUAGUGGAAAAGGGUUUGUUGAUAAUCUGGAGACAGUUGUCAAACUCUCUGGCACUGAUGACACUGUGAUUCCAUCAACUGGUUCAAUUCCUGGAUGUCAGGGAGAUGGAUUCAGUAAGGGAAAUAAAGAUGAAACCAAUUUAUAUGAUGAAAGAACCUUAAAAUCUUUAUCAAGUGCAAAGAAAAAAUGCAAGGGUAUUGGGGGAAAGGAAGGCACAGUAUGGGAUGAUGUUUGCAAGGACAAUAAUGCUUCUGUUCUGGGAACUGGUAUAUCAAUGGCUGAGCAGGAAGGUAAUUUAGUCCCUGAAAACCCUUCAGAGAAUGCAAGCAGAGAUGAACUAGGUGGGAAUUUAAAGAACACAAGAUCUGUAGUACAGAUGUCAAAUGAUGCAGUUAAGGAAACUGAAGCUCCAAAGGAGCAGUCUGAAUGCAGGAAUAAUGGUAAGGAAAACAUCAAUGCUGAAUAUGAUAAGUCAAGGACAGCGCCUUCUGAACAUGCAUCUACUGUAAAUAAAAAACAUAAGAAAAGGAAGAGAUCUUUGACUCAUGAUUUAGAAGACAAGAUGCAGAAGGUAGAGGGUGCAUCUCAGCAGGCUGAAGUACACAAGUCCGAUGAGGAACAAAAGAAAAUUGAAGAACCAAAGGAAUAUGUUGAAACUAACCAUGACAAAUCUGAGGGCAUGAUUGAAUUUCAACAUGAUAUGGUUUCUCAAGAACCUUCAGAUGCUGGAUCUCCUGCAAAGAAAAAGCGGAAGGGAAAAGAGAGGAGUGGAUAUGAAAGUGCUUUGAAGGAAGAGAGAUCUUUGGUUGGUGAUUCUAAUAAAGAGAGCUUGAGGCCAGAGAAUGCAUGUCAGCACUCUUUGGAAGACCUACCGAAGAUUAAAGACAGCAGUGCUGGCCAACCAACCGAGCAAUGCGGUGAUGCUGAUCCACUGAGAACAAGUGUGAUAGGUUCUAAGAGGAAGAGAAAGAAAAACUCAUCAAAUAAUCAAACAGCCACAAGUACUUCUUCCAGGAAUGGUGAUGCAGAGGAUUCCAGGCUAUAUGGUGUUCAGGAGGAAAUACUCAAAGAUGGUCAGAUCUCUAAAGAUAACAGCGCCAGUAAAAAUGCUGGUGACAACUUUGAAGUUGUAACAAACACAUCCAAAGAAGUCACUAUGUAUAAAGUGAAAAGAACGGGGAAUUCUAAGGAUCAUUGUUCCAUUGAUGUGGGAAUAAAUCCUUCUGAUUUGGAUGAGACGAGGGAGCUAACUGAGAGUAACGGCCUCCACAUGGAUGAGAAUAUUGACCUUGACAAUUGUCAUGUAAGUGAAGCUGGUCAGACUGUGCUAGCAGAAGAAGGAAGAAAGCUACCUCCAUUAGAUGAUCCUAAGCAUUUGCUGUCAGAAAAUUGCAUGACAUCCAACCAGAAUAACGCACAUGCAAACAUCAGAGAGUUGUCAGAGACUUCAGAGGUUCCAAAGGCAAAUGAAACUACUGAAUGUGGAAAAUCAGAGAAGAAGAGAAGGAAGAAAAGAAAGGCUAAGGAUGCAGAUGGAGGAUCUUUACUUACAGAAGACUUUAGCCAUGUAGAUGCUUCUAAGAGUGAUACUGUUUUAAUGGAAUCGUAUCAAGCAACAAAUGAUGAUCCUACCUUUGCAGACACAAUGAAAGAGGAAAGUCUUUUAAAUCAAACAGAGGGGAAAGAGGUACCUCCAGAACAAAUAAAAGGGACUUCAGAUAUUGACAAGGAAGUAAAUGACAUAAAUGUUGGCUCCAUGGAAAACAUCAGCAAAACUGAAGCUCGUGCUGAAAAUCCAAGUGAGAAAAGGAGCAAGAAAGCCAAGAAGAAACAAACUCCUACCGCAAAAGAUGUGUCAGAAAUGCUGACAAAAGAUCAAGUUCUUGAUUGUAAAGAGCCAUCACCUGCUUGUGAAGCGACUAUGGAACUAAGAUCUAAGAAGAAAAAGAAAAGCAAGUCCACUAGUACAAAGUCCACUAAUAAAUCAAGUGGACCAAUUUUGGAACCUGUGGGAGAUGUUGAAACUGAACCUCCCCAUUCUCCUUCAAAUGCGCCCAAAGGAAAUCACAAAUCCCCUUCUGGAGCUAAAGAAACUGAUAUAAAUUCAGUGUCUUCUUUUGGACAUGAAGAUGAUAACCACUUGAAAGCUCCAACCAAAACGGAGAUGAUUAAUGCUGAACAACAUAUUUCAUCUGGGCAAGAGCAGCAUAAAGAUAUUGUAUCAGAUGACAUUCUUGUUGACAAGAAUGGUGCUGAUAGAACAGACAUUGAGCCAAUGCCUGGAAAGAACAGAAAAGUGCAUGACGUAAUGAAAGGAAAUACUCAUGUUGGGAAACUAAGAUCCACAAAGCAACUAUUGUCAACGGUGGGUAAUGGACUUGGGAUUAAUCCUGAUGAGAAAGUUCCAAAAGCACGCAGAACUAGACAAGAAGCUUAUUUGUCUAGUCAGUCUAAUAGUUUCACGUCCACCAUUGAAGAAAACAAAAGGCCUCAAGAUAACAAAUCUUCUGGGGAAAGCAUGAAUUUGGAGAAAAAUAGUGAAGUUUUUCCUGUAUCAAAUUCUAAGCUGAAAGCCCUAAAGAAAACAGUUCAAACUAAAGUUGGCAAAGCUUCUAGGAAUAAUAUUCAGGGAGUUGUGGGUAAAAAAGAGCAAAAGAAGAGCUUGUUAGCAGGAACAAUUUUCAAGGAUGAUAGUAGUGGCACCUCUGAUGACAAAGAUGAAGAAGUUAAUGAUUCCAGUUCCAGCACUAGAAGUCCAUCAGAUGCUUCACUCUCGCCUGAUUACUCACAUGAUGAUAGUGAUGCAGGUUCACAUGGUGGGACAGGACUGGAAAAUGGUGGAGAAAGCCGUAUAGAAGAAUCACGCUUGUCAGUCAAAAAAGGGAUGCCCAUUGAUAGCAUUCUUAGAAGCUCUCGCAGGUAUAAGAAGGCUAAACUGACAGCCUCUCAAUUUGAAGAAAGUGAAAAUCAACCCGUUGAUUUUGUUCCAGACAGCCUGGCAGACAUGUAAGCAUUGAGUUCUGGUCGUUCUUCAUUUAUCUCUGCCGGUGUUUUCUCUAUAUCCUCGUUGCAGCUACAAGAUUUUGUUCACAUGAGAUCAUGUAAGAAGAGCCUACAAAAACUCUACUUUUGCUGGAGCGAUUUUCCCUUUACCUCGUUUCAGCAUAGAAAAUUGAGUUUGGUUUGCUGUUUAAGCUCUUCAGACACUAAUCAUGGGUCAAUUUAUGUCUCAUUGGUGCAUUUUAUUACAAAUGUUACAAAUAGUAACUUAAAUUUUGGUCUGAGGAUACAAAAUAUAAAGAAAGCGUUUUGCCAAAGUAAUUGCUUUGGUUGAAGUUUGGAUGAAUGUUGAAUGACAAUGCGAAAAUGAUAGCAUUUCAAGGUUCCAUUAACCCAAAAG